AUGAGAAUGUGCAAUGUUGCGUUUUCACCUCAAAAAGAAGGGUCUACACUGCGCUUUCUUCUUCCCCCAUUGCAUCAGCAGUUAGGGUUUGCAGUUUCAGUGUCUUUCACUGCACUUCACUGUUUCGAUCAGCAUACCCAGCAAUACGCUAAAACGCUGCAUUUCCUUCAUUUUUUCCCGGAACACUGAAUAAUCUAAAUGGACACUGAAGAAGACCCUCCUCAAAACCAAGCUAAAAGACAGAAAUGUUCGGCAUGCUAUAAACAAUAUAAGAAGAAAGAACAUCUUAUUGAGCACAUGAAAACCUCUUACCACUCUAUCCAUCAGCCGCGGUGUGUGAUAUGUAGAAAGCACUGCAAAUCUUUUGAGUCUCUGAGGGAACAUCUCAUGGGACCUUUGGCUAAAGGACUUUGUUCAGCGAUUUUCUCGCAAGGGGGUUGCAAACUUUGUCUGACACUAGCUGAUAGUCCUGCUUCUCUCAGUGAGCAUAGAGAAACUUGUCAACUAACCGCACCUGUUCCUCUUGGCACAAGUGAAUUUCCCUAUACAGACUCCAAUAUCGAUUUUCUGGAUUCUUCUGAUGAAAACGAUGCUGACUGGCGUCCUAAAGCAAUUGCAUUGGACUGUGAAAUGGUUGGUGGUGGAAGUGAUGGGUCACUGGAAGUUUGUGCUAGAGUAUGCUUGGUUGAUGAAGAUGAGAACUUAAUCUUGCACACAUAUGUCAAACCUCGAAUCCCUGUUACUAAUUAUAGGUAUGAUAUAACCGGGCUGACCGAAGAGCAUCUUCGAGAUGGUAUGCCGCUUAAGCAAGUUCGGGAAAAGAUAUUGCAAAUUCUAUACAAUGGAGAGUCCAUUGGAAAAGUUAGAUUGGACGGUGGAAAGGCCAGGCUUCUUGUAGGGCAUUCUUUGGCAUAUGAUUUGGAUUCCUUGGAAAUGAGUUAUCCUGAUCACUUGAUGAGAGACACUGCACAGUACCGUCCAUUGUUGAAGACAAACAGUUCCAGCCAUUCGCUCAAGUAUCUCACCAGAACAUAUCUAGGUUAUGAUAUUCAAACCGGCAUACACGACCCAUAUGAAGAUUGUAUUUCUGCGAUGAGACUGUACAAAAGAAUACGAGGUCAAAGCCAUGAGGAGAAAGGCUACGGAAAGUUGACUCCAAGUGACAACAUCGUUGAAAUGUGUGACAGAUGGAGAUCCAAGGAACUGGACAACCUCACUCCAGACGAACUUUAUGCCAUCUCAGAAUCAGACUAUAGGUGUUGGUGUUUGGAUUUGAAGCCAAAGUUGGCAAAAGCUUAAGCUGUUGAUACUUGCAAGUUGCAUCUCUCCAUAAUACCAAUCACCCAGUGUACAUUCUUAGCAUGUGUUUGGAUUAAUCCUCUUUUUGUGUCAGUGACAUGCGUUUAGGGUGAAGCUACCCUUGGUAGCAGAAACUUACUACAUACUCGAAUUCGAAAUGUUACUGUAAUACCAAAUAUACACAUCAGAAACUAUCUAAUUUUGUGGAUAUAAAUUCUAUGCACUUAAAAGUAAAAUAGAUAUUUAGUUUGUGACUAAA